AUGUAUUCCAUCAUCACUCUUGCCCUCCUCACCACUCCCAUCUACGCCGCCACCAGUGCGCGCGUCUGGGCACACUUCUACCCCAACUGCCCAGGGGAGCCAUUCUCCGACAUGGCCUCGUACGAAAACUACGAAGAAACAGUCCCAUCCCAAGACAUCACAGUCGGCGAAUGCGCCAACAUUAACGUCCCAUCCUACGAGCACAAUCUCGUCAGCGCCAUCUCCGUGGACGCUGAAAUGCUCUCCCGCGAGCACAAUAACUACUUCUUUUCCGACGGAGCAAACUGUAACAUCACCGUGCACGAAGUCCCCGAGUGCGUCGACCCACCACUGAUCACCAAAGAGAUCCGCAACGGCGUGGAAGUGAGCCAAUGCGAAUCGCGCAACUUCGCCGCCUGGAGCGAAGUGUGGGUGCAGCUGAUCUGCGACGACGCCGUUACGGAGUCUCUCGAGGACGAGAGCGAGGGUAUCCCGCGCAUUGACGUAACCGCGGAGGUGCAGCAGGCCAACAAUGUCCAGACUCCCGGCUCCAACUCCGACUCGUGGCUCGUGGCUCAAGAGGCUCAUUCCGAGAUCGAGCCGCAGGAGGAAAGCCGCGUCGACAAUGCUGGUCAUCAUGAGAGCGAGCAGGCCGUGCACAGCAUCAUGGGGAAGCUGGCCGAGAAGCAUUCCCACUUCGUUUCGGGCAAGCACAAUGACACCCAAAGCAUCAAUGGCUCUCACCACAAUGCUACUGCCUCUGGCAACCACACUAUGUUGCGGAGGAAAUUGUCUGUCCUGCGCAACCGGGCUACCCGGUUGUAUUAA